UAGCACAGUCUACGAUUAUUAAACCCCAGUUCGCUACGGGAGGGUUUUGAGCACCGGGGCUUAUUGAUUCGCAGUGCAGAAAUUCCUUUCAUUUCUCCAUCACUCUCUCGCGUUUUCUCAGCAAACAAACGGGAGUGUAGGAGCUGACCCUAUUUUUCCUUUAAACGCAGACAAUGCAAUCGUUUAUUGGUGGGAGCAUCCGAUUGGGUCAAAGACAUGGUUUUUACAGCUGGAGCGGUGCACAUUUUAAAGCCAACAGAGCUUAUUUGGCUACUAAUAAUAGCAGCAGCUUAAUUCAUGGAUCCGACAAUUCAAUCAAUUCUUCCAGGAAUCACCUCCUGCAAUCUCUAGGAACAAGAUUGGGAUCCCAAACAAAAGAAUUGAUGUUGCCUGGUUGUUCUGGCGGAUGUUCGAUGCCGGGUUUGUCUCAGUUGGCUGCAAUGAUGUCUACUUGCUCUAGCAGGUCUAUGACAACAGCUGCCUCACCUACUCCGGAUUCUUCUCAAUCUGUCACUGAUGUGCCUCCUCGAAUCAAAUUUAAGAGGCUUGAUAAAACUGCCAAGCACAUAAUGCAGAUUCUGGAUAAGGAAGCAGUGGAAGAGGUGAAGGCGCAGAGGGAGAUACCUGACAUAAAACCUGGCAACAUUGUGCAACUCAGAGUGGAAGUACCUGAAAACAAGCGACGUGUUUCAACCAUAAAGGGCAUUGUUAUAGCUAGACGUAAUGCUGGCCUAAAUACUACAUUCCGACUAAGGAGAAUGGUAGCAGGAGUUGGGGUUGAGUCCCUCUUCCCACUGUAUUCCCCUAACAUAAAGGAGAUUAAGGUGCUGGACAAGAAGACAGUGAGAAGAGCCAAGCUUUACUAUCUCAGGGACAAGAUGAAUGCUCUUAGAUAAUCUUAAAAAUGAACAGCAUGCUUUAAGGCCAGUGAGAAGUCACAAAUGGCUUCAUUAUGAAAAAUUGUGGGGUCUAAUUGUUUUGGCAGAGAAUUCCUCUAAUUAUCUAGUUUUCUUUUCUUUUAUUUUUGAAUAAGUUAUUUUGGUUUUCUCUUAAUUUUUUGCUUCUACUAAACAAAAAGUACGAAUCCAUCCGUGUUUUAGAGGAAUACAUAGCAAGCUGGUAAAGGUAUAAAUUGAUGCCUACUGUUGGAUUGUUUGUAUUGUUUUUCUAAAGUAGGAUUCUAUCCUUUUGAUGGUGAGGGUGUCGAAAUAUAAAAUCAGCAUUUGAUGGGGCUGUUGCUUGA